UGGAGAUACACAGCAAUACAUUCCAAGUUAUUACUACGGCUAUUAUUAUUCGUAUUAUUAUUAUAGUUAUUAUUCUCAGACUGGAACACCCAUUAAUUUUCCCUUCUUUGGUGGCAAAUACUAUCAGCUAUAUAUUUACCCCUAUGGCUACUUGACCUUUCCUCAGAAUGUUUACACAACACCUGUCCAGUUCCCAACCUAUUCUAGAAAUAAUUACAUAGCUCCUUUUUGGUUGCUCACUGAUUACACACAAAGCGCCGUGGUCUCCUACCGCCAAGUGACCAGUGGCAGUGUCCUUGAACAGGCCACUAGUGAUUUACACCAGUACUUUCCUGAGCUGAACUUCACCGCUACCUGGGUCUUCAUUGUCACAUGGAACGUGAUGGAAUAUUACCCAACAAUGGGCAACAACACAAUCUUUCAGGUGGUUUUGGUCUCUGAUGGACAUUUAUCUUUCAUCAUGAUGAAUUAUGGAAACCUUGCACCGAAAACUCAGAGUGUCCAGGUUGGAUAUGACACCAUUAAUUCAACUAAUUAUUUCAGCAUGCCCGAGUCUUUUGAAAGCAACAUCACCAGCUUGUCUUUCACCAGUAAUGUGAAUGUAACAGGUCGUUGGGUGUUUCGCACUGAUUCCUGUCCUAAUAAUUGUCUGCUCCAAGAAAACUUUUACCCAUUUGGUCCAAACAAUGGAGACACAGUGAACCCAGCUGCGGAUGAUGAAAGUUCUUCUGUUAUUCUCUUAAAUGAGACUUUUCAGUUCUUUGGAUCGGUCCAUAAUCAACUUUAUGUGAACAACUAUGGUUUCCUGACCUUUGAUCAACCAGUGAGCAGUUCUUACUCUUCGAUGUUUGGGUCUGGCUAUGAUACCAUUGCUCCUUUAUGGAGUUACUGGAACACCACAAAAAGUGGCGUCAUCUCUUACCGUCAAGUGACCAGUGGCAGUGAUCUCCAACAGGCCACCAGUGACAUAAACCAGUACUUUCCUCAGCUGAACUUCACUGCUACCUGGGUCUUCAUUGCCACAUGGGACAGCGUGGCCUAUGGCAACAUGGACACAGAAACCUCUUUCCAGGUAGUUCUGAUUUCAAAUGGAAAUUUCUCUUUUGUACUGUUGAACUAUGGGCGAAUCUCUUCUGUGAUCUCAAAUAUGCAGGCUGGAUUUGUCACUGCUGAUUCAAUGAUUUACUUCAGUAUCCUGGAUCAAAUUUCAUACACAGACCUAACUUUCAGCAGCAACAUCAAUGACGGAGGUCGCUGGGUCUUUCAGUUAAACAUGAAUUAUACCAAAGGACCUUUCUACCCAUUUGGCACAAAUAAUGGAGAUACACAGCAAUUCUGGAAUUAUUAUUAUUACUUUUAUUAUUAUUAUUAUUAUCACUAUUAUUAUUCAAGUCAGAGUCAGACAAACAAUUUUCCCUUCUUUGGUGGCAAAUAUUAUCAAACAAUUGUUUAUGGUAAUGGGCUCUUGAGCUUAGGAUCAGUAUUAGCCACCUCUUACCCUGCCACCAUCCCAACCUAUUCAAUAAAUAAUAUCAUUGCUCCUUUCUGGAUGGACAUUAACAGUCUCCAAAGAGGUGUGAGCAGCUUCCGUGAAGUGACCAGUGGCAGCAUCCUCCAACAGGCCACUAGUGACAUAAACCAUUACUUUCCUGAACUGAACUUCAAUGCUACCUGGGUCUUCAUUGCCACAUGGAACUGGCCGGAAUAUCAACCAGCAAUGGACAAUGACAUCAUGUUCCAGGUUGUUCUGGUCUCAGAUGGGAAUAUGUCAUUUGUCAUGAUGAACUAUGGAAACCUUGCCCCAAUUAGUGAAAAUGUCCAGGUUGGAUAUGACUCAUUAAAUUCAUCAAAUUACUUCAGUAUGGCCGAAUCAUUCCAAGGCAACAUCACCGACUUGUCUUUCACGAGUAAUGUCAACACAUCGGGUCGCUGGGUGUUUCGCACCGAUUACUGUCUGAAUGAUUGUCUCUUCCAAGAAAAUUUCUACCCAUAUGGGCCCAGUAAUGGAGACACAGUGAACCCAAGUGUGGAUGACGGAAGUUCCUCUGCUAUCCCCUUAAUUAAUAUGUUUCCAUACUUUGGAAAACCAUACAACCAACUUUAUGUGAACAACAAUGGUUUCCUGACCUUUGAUCAACCAGUGAGCAGUCCAUACUCUUCAAUGUUUCAGUCUGGCUAUGAUGUCAUUGCUCCUUUAUGGAGUAACUGGAACACCACAAAAAGUGGCAUCAUCUCUUACCGUCAAGUGACCAGUGGCAGUGAUCUCCAACGGGCCACAAGUGACAUAAACCAGUACUUUCCUCAGCUGAACUUCACUGCUACCUGGGUCUUCAUUGCCACAUGGGACAGUGUGGCCUUCUACAACAUGGACACGGAAACCUCCUUCCAGGUGGUUCUGGUCUCAAAUGGGGAUCUGUCCUUUGUACUGUUCAACUAUGGUCGGAUCUCAGAUGUAAUUUCAUAUGCAGAGGCUGGCUAUAACACAGCAGAUUCAGCACACCACUACAAUAUAUUGAGCUCUACUUCAAUCGCAGGGUUGACUUUCAGCAAAAAUGUCAAUGUCAAUGGUCGCUGGGUGUUUCAGACAGAUGGCAGCUGUGUCAAAGGUAACAUUUUUACCUAA